UAGUGAUCUUCGUCGGUGAAAUCAAGUACCAAAUCAUUUGUUUCUUUCGGUGCUUCAGUCUUCUGCGAACAGUGGUUGUGGGUGCUUUUCUCUUUUGUGAUCUUCCGAUUGGUUUAAGGAGUUUACCGUGAAAAGGAGCGAGAUGCGCUGGAUAUUCCUAGUCGCCAUAUUCCUCACCAUUCAUUCUGCAUAUUCAGAAGAAGAUGAGGAAUACAAUUAUGUGUCUCCACUUCCAAAAAUAAAUUUAGACUCCAACUUACGAAGAGCACUUUUAAAGGCUUUAACCGAACUUGAAAAUGAAGAAAAAGAAAAAGAAAAAGCUCAAUAUAGUAUAGUUAGCAAUUCUGAAGAAAAGAUAAUUGAAAAAGCAUCAGCUGCGUCCGUCUCGGUAUAUGCUAACUCGGAAUCUGUAACAGCUUCUCCAAUUCCACCUAGUUCAACAAUCAACAUUGAUCCAACUACUUCAGAGACAUACAACGUCAUUCUCCAAAAGAGUGAAGCAAUUCAGCAAAAACCAGUUGCAAACCUUGAAAAAGCUGAAGAUGAAAGUAUUUUAACGAGUGCUUCUAACAAUUUCGCGGAUCAAUCUUUUGGUAAAGAUGCUCAAUCCGAAAAAAGUGAAUCAAUUAGUCAAAACUCUAUAUUCAACUCCGAAAAAUCAACCACAAAACUUUUCAAGCCUCAAACUACUACCAUACCUCCCAAAGUAUCCACAGAAGAAAGUGAAGCUAAAGCUGAAGACGUACAGUUCUUUUCGGCGCCUUUAGUAGCAGCAUUUACUGUACAUCAAGAUGAAUUGGGUUUACCUAAAAGAGUUGAACCGAUUUUCAGGAUAGGUAAAACUGCAGAAGAAAUAAGAAUUGAAAACGAACAAAUUAAAUUAGCUAAAAAAUUCGAAGAAGAAAAAAUUGCUGCUGAGCAGAUUCGACUAGAAGAAUUGCGAAAGACUCGCGAAAAACUGCAAAUUCAGCAAAAGCAAAAGGCACUGGAGGACGAAAUAGUACGAUUAAAUUUAAAUUUAAAACAACAACAGGAGUAUUUAUUGAGGCAGCAAGAAGAUUUUCGUCUUCGUAAUAAUGCUCAAUCGUUUGCACCAAAUAAUAACUCCCCAUUCUCCACCCCUUCACCCUUGAAUUUGGUUCAACAACCACCGUCUUCAGCUAGUCAUGUUUUUAAAUCAAACUUAAAUUUAGUUCAACAAUUGCCCGUUCAAUCUAAUGUACAGCAGUUUAAAGCUCAAGCAGUAACUAUACAGCCAAGUUUGUCAUUUAAUUCAUUACCAGAUGGUGGUAAAUUGCCACUUAAUGCUCAAUUUCUUCCAGUCAAAGGCCCAGUAGAUUUUAGAGCCCCAUUUUCCUCAAAUAAUAUUAACCAACCGCAUUUUCCUCAACAAAAUAAUUUUAAUCAACAGGCACCCAACAAUGUAAAUCAACAGAAUCAAAACAGCAACAGAUUUUUUAGACAGAACAGCGGCUUUGGUAACUUUGGAGGAAACGAUUUUAGUACCAACACAAAUUCUUUCUCAAUUCAACCAGCAAUUCAGCAAACAUUUAACAAUGGUCAAAGUAACAGAUUCUUUAGAUCAAACACUGAAUCUACAUUGACUGCACCUCAGUUUCUUCAGCCACCUCAUAUUCCAACACACCAACAAAGUAAUCGAUUUUUCAGAUCUAACUUAGAAAAUCCAUUUAACUCCAAUCAAGCUAACAAUAACUAUCAAUUAUCAAAUCUGUUAUAUACAUCUGGAGCUCUUAGAGGAAAAUCACCGGAGGACCUUAGCAUUAUCAGCAAAGUUUUAUCUCUAAACCAUGUUGGUGGUAGAACUCCUGGAAUCUCACUCAGGCCAGAGCUGCAAGGAUCUUUUGGGAGGAACUUUUAAGAUUCUUGGAGAAAGAACAGAUUAUUUAUUUAUUAUGUAGUGAACCAAUAUAGUCAUAAUUUUAAGUGAAAUUUUAUAAGAUUGCCAUCGUUAAGUAACACUUCCAAUUCAAAACAAAGUUUUCUGAUUUUCUGUUUUUAGUAUCUGUUGAGAAGUACAGGAAAUCAAGGAAAUUUUCCUGUUUUGAGCUAUUUUGUUAUAAUUAUGUUUUUGUUGUGAAUAUUUAUUAUUCUGUUAUAUCUAUAUCUAUAAUCUAGUAACUAAUAGUUACUUUAUUUUUCUUUCUUAUUUACAUACAUACUUUAAUUUGAAGAAAACUAUAGUAGUUACUAAAAUAAAUAAAAAAAAGUGUGCAAAAAGAAAACUCUGACCUUUCUUACUGAGAAAUCUCUUUAUUAAAUUUGAUUGCUCAAAGAGACUAGGAGCCGGUAUAGGUGAAAUUUGCUAAUCAUUUUAGUCACGAUAAGACCCCAUAACUUAAAUAGUAGAACCUAAAAGAAAACGUAUGAACACUGUGGCGUCACUUUGUAGUGGCACAUGCGUCGACAGUGGCGCAUCAAACUGUCCACUUAUGGACGGGAUAAAUAAAUUAAAAAGUACUCUCUCUUACUCCCAGAAUUCAAUUUUUUUUCACUUUUUUAAGUUCUAUGUGAUUAAAUAAUAAGACAUAGCGUAUUUCAACUCACCACCCCCUUCCCCCUGUCCCCACCAUCAAAAACUUAAUUUUUCGUUUUUAUUUUUUUUAUGUGGAAUAGGAAACCAAUUUUAAAAUUUCAAAAAAUUCAUAGGCAUAAUUGAGGCUUUUACAAAAUAAGUCUAUUUUUAUAGAUCCGUAGGUUAAAUAUACAUAUCCUCAAAAAAUUAAAUUUUUUUUUGGAAAAAAAAGCGUACAAUUUUUUUGGAAUUGGCUGGAGGUCUAAUUUUUGUUCUAUUUUAUUUAUUUUGUCAAACACUAUGCUUUUAAUUUUUUUUUCAGAUUUUUCGUACGGUUAGCCACUUUAAAAAAUCAAAAAAACUGUUUUUUGUGGGGUUUUUGGGGGUUUCUCCCAUUUUUAAAUAUUCCAAAGGACAGAGGCAUAGCUAUCGCCGUAUCAGCCGUAUCAAUUAUACGGGGCCCCCAACAUUCAGGGGCCCCAACGCGGAAUGUCGAAACAAAAUUCCAUUCAAAAAAUUGAACAAAAUAUUCUGCAAUUAUUUCACUAUUAAAACGCAUUGAAACAGUGUACAUAUUGUUGGGAUAUAUCGACAUUUUCAUGUAAUGAAUUCUUUAUUAUAAACUAUAUUUACGUACUGUACUGUACAGGUACAGGUACCUGUCUAUUUUCUACCUCUAGCCGUUCUAUAUCAACAACGGUUUUUUGUUUUUAAGCUACUUCUUAUUGUCCAUUCACCGUUGACUGUGUGAGACAUUGUAUAAUGUAUAAUGCAAAAUUGCAAUAUUUGUAAUCGCUUUACCUUUGAUAAUUUGAAAUAUUGAAACACUGUGUAUUGUUUGCGUAUAUUUUCGUGUAAUCUGUUCUCUAUCUAUAAAUUGUAUUUAGGUACAGUCGGAAAAAUGAAAGAAUACCCAUGAACGAGCAUAUAAAACACGCUGUAUUUUCCUGUCACCGUGUCACAAAGAAAAUUGCCCAGCGCAAUUACAUGUAAUAAUAAUUAUUACAUGUACUUGCGCUGGCCAAUUUUUUGUAUGACACGGCGACAGGAAAAUACAGCGUGUUUUAUAUGUUCGUUCAUGAGUAUUCUUUCAUUUUUCCUACUGUAUAUCUAUUUACCGGUCGCUCGCUGUUAAAGAACAGAGCUUCUUUGUUUACGUUCCUUUUGAAUGUCUAUUCACCAUUGGCUUGAAAAAAACAGGUUUUAAAACAGUGUCUCAAUUCGAAUCUGUUUUUCGCCUUUGGAUUAUUAGAGUUUAUUAGAUUUAUUAUUAUUAUCUAUAUUUGAGUGUUAUACUCUGUACUUAUUAGUUCCUAAGGUUGUAUUAUGCAAUUUGCAAUUUAUUUAAAUUUUGCAAUAUACGGGGGUUUCAUUAAUAAUUGGAAAUAAUUUAACUGUAGAUUCCUGGCCUCAAAAUAUGUAUUAAGAUUUAACCCAAAUCACCUAGUUUGAAAAUGCUUCUUAUAGAAGCUAGAGAGAGCUCUUUGAAAAAGGCGUCUUGUAAUUAGUUUUUUUAAAUACCUCCAGAACGCUUCUAUUUAGAGAACCCAAAACUGGUACGCUUAUUUAUCUUCCUUUUUCAUCUUUAACUUUUAAGCCUGUUUGACACUGGAUUAUUAAAUUGUGAGGCAUUCUAGUAAUAAAAGGUACUCUUGCUUUAAGUCGGUAGGAUACACCGUUUUCUGGAAAUGGCGAUUUGAAAAUUUUGUGUUUUUUUAAUGUGAGAAAAAUUUACAAAAAAAAACUAUAAAAACAAAAAACGAAAAUUGGUACGUUUAUUCCAGAGAUAAAUCGAUUUCAUCAAUUGCGAAUUUCCAGUACCGGUCAUAUGCGUCUAUUUUGAGUAGGUCAACGGGUAUUUUAUAGCAUUAUUUUUUGUGCCUUUAAUUUUGAAACAUUUUUGACACUAGAUUAUUAAAUUAUGAGGUACUAAAAAUUACUCUUGCUUUAGGUCGGUAAAAUAUACCGUUUUUUUUAAUUUUAUUUAAAUUUCGAUCAAAUUCAAAAAACGAAAAAAUUUCAAAUUGAUUUUUCUAGAAAACAGUGUAUCCUACCGACUUAAAGUAAGAGUAACUUUUAGUACUAGAAUACCACUCAAUUUAAUAAUCCAGUGUCAAAAAUGCUUAAAAGUUAAAGACUAAAAGUUAUGCGAUAAAAUAACCGUUGCCCUACCCAAAGAGGACGCAUAUGACCGGUACUAGAAAUUCACAAUUUAUGAAAUAUAUUUAUCUCUGGAAGAUAAAUAGCCGUACCAGUUUUAGUUUUUCUAAAUAGAUGUGUUCUAGAGGUAUUUCAAAAAAACUAAUAUAAAACGCACCAUCUUCAAAGAGCUCCAGCUCCCAUAGGAAGCCUUUUCGGAGUAGGUGAUUUGGGUUAAACAGUAAUAUUUUGGGCUCAGGAAUCUACAGUUAAAAUAUUUCUAAUUACUAAUGAAACACCCUGUAUUGCUUUGUUUUAUUUCAUUAUCUUUUAUUUUGUAAUAAUAUUGACGAUUUUUGUAAUUUCAUCAAACUGUAUUUGUUGUUGUUUUUUCCUACUCUUUGUAUCUACGCUUUGUCCAUAAAAUUGUAAAAUUUUCAGUGACAAUAAAGUAUGUUUAUAUUCUAUUCUAUACACCCGUUUUUGCUGCUUUUGUUGAACAUUUUUUAGCCCUCUCCCAUAUCAGUCGUGGAAAAGGGCCCCGCGACAAACUUUGAUAGUGGGCCCCUGUGAGGCUAGCUACGCCACUGACAAAGGACUCAGUUACUUCAGGGGCGUCAUUUGAUAGGGUCAGGGGAGCAUUUGCCCCCCCCCCUGACCCUGAAAAUGACUGAAAUUUACAAAAAAUAGAUCAAUUUUGUAUUAUGUUUGCAUAUAAAUGUAUUGUAUAUAUAAUGCUUGCCCCCCCCCUAUCAAAAUUUCAAAUGACGCUCCUGAGUUACUUCAAUUGACAUAUAGCCUAUACAAAAAACAUUGAUUUAAUCUAUUUUGAAGUCCAUAAACUAGGGAAAAUCACCAAAAAUCCCCAAAAGGCAGUUUUUUGGAUUCUUGAAGGUGGCGAACCUUACGGAAAAUUCUGAAAGAAUUUAAAAACAUAGUGUUUGAUAAAAUACACACAAUAGAAAAAAAAUUAGACCUCCAGCCAUCUCAAAAAAGUUAUAUGCUUUUUUACAAAAAAAAAUUAAACAGUUUUUUUGAAUAGACGUGUUUUGUAAAAGCCUCAACUACGCCUAUGAAUUUUUGAAAUUUUAAAAUUGAUUGCAUCUCACCUAAAAAUAAUAAAAACGAAAAAUUAAGUUUUUGAUGGGGGAGGGGGGAUGGCGUGUUAAAAUUACGCUGAGUCUAAUUUUGUUUAAUCACAUAGAACUUAAAAAAAAGUAAAAAAAAUGAAUUCUGGGAGUGAGGGAGAGUACCUUUUAAUUUAUUUUACCCUUCCAUACGUGGAAAGUUUGAUGCGCCACUGUCGACGCAUGUGCCACUAAAAAGUUACGGCACAGUGUUCAUAAGUUUUCUUUUAGGUUCUACUAUUAUUUAAGUUAUAAGGUCUUAUCGUGCCUAAAAUGAUUAGCAAAUUUCACCUAUAGCGGAUCUUAGUCUAAAAUACUGUCUUUAACAUGUGCUCAGUAAGCAAAAAGUCAUCACUUCUUUUUAUUUAUGUACAGAUGGUUAGUAUCCAAAAACUCAAGAUGGGUACCAUACCAUCAUAAUCGAGUAAAAAUAAGAAACUUUUGUGACUAAUCAAAAUAAAAUUUAUGAGACAUGAUUUAUAGUUACAAGAAUUUAAGGGCCGGUUGUUCGAACGCUAAUCAACAAUGAUCAUUAUCAAAUAUUUAAUUACUGUCACCAACUGUCAAUGUCAACUUUGUUUAGGUUGCUGAAAACAUAAUUGAUUACAAUUAUGAAAUUACUUAAUCAAUUAUGUUAAUAAUUGUUAUGUUAAUUGAUUAACUAAUCUCAUAAUUAUAAUCAAUUAUGUUUUCAGCAACCCAAUAAAAGUUGACAUUGACAUUUUUGGUGACAGUAAUUAAAUAUUUGAUAGUGAUCAUUGUUGAUAAGCGUUUGAACAACCGGCCCUAAAUCUACUAUUAUAAAUAAAAUAUCAAAUAAAUAAUUUUAUUGAAAAUCCUUUUUAAAAGGUAUAUAAUUUAUUAAAAUCACUUAAAGGGGUCAAUCAAAUCACAGUUUUGGAUAGAAAUAUAAUCAUCACUGCUAAUACAGGUUAAUCACAUGCUAAACCACCAAAAAUGCUUGGGUAUAAACCCUUUAAAUGUUUUUAAAAUAUGUUAAAUUUACAUUAUUAUGAAUAAUUUCAAACGAUGGAUAAAAUUGUCAUAAAUAUGGCCCACAGGCAUCGCAUAACUCCCCACACAAUACGUGGAUUGCUGAACUGAAGGAUACGUCCGUACAUUACGGACGAUGGAUCGGAUUACGGAACAUAAGGACAUAUCCUUCACCUCAGCAACCCACGUGUCGUGUAGGGAGUUAUGCGAUGCCUAUGGGCCAUAUUUAUGAUAAUUUUAUUAAUCGUUUGGAAUUAUUCAUAAUAAUGAAAAUUUAAAACAUUUUCAAGACAUUCAAAGGGUUCGCUGAAAAGUAUUGUACCUUUAUAUUUCACAAUAUCGAAAAUUGUUGUUAUGAAAAUUUGUUUGGAAUUAAAAACUAUGUUUUAAUUUGUAAUUACAUCCCUCUAAUAAAAUAAAUCGUAAAUUUUUCUCAAAUUACCAAAAUUCAAUAUCAUUUUUAUUUAUUACAAAUAGAAUAACUCAUAAUUAUUUAUCAUAACAUAAGAGAUGAUAAAUUUUCAUAAAACAAAAUACAUGAGAAAUCUAAUGAACAUUGAAUAGGCAGAAGAGAGAAAACCUUUUUCUCUCUCAGGGCGGAAGAGUUAUAUUUGUAAUAAAUAAAAAUUAUGUUCGGUGUCAGUAACUUGAGAAAAAUUUCUUUUUUUUUUCAACCAGAAGGAUGUACUCGCAUAUAAUAACAUACACUGCUGUGCAAAAAAAUCGAUCCACUAAAAAUUUGGUCAUUUUUGAUGUUUUGAACUUCCUAAACCCGUUGUCCGAUUUAAGUGAUUUUUUACCACGUUAUAGCCUUAUCCAUUGACAAUAUCGAUGUAAUAAUAUUGUUGCUAGACAGUUAAACUGUCAUUGUAUACCGGGUGUACGAAUCAAACUGUGUUUUUUUUUCUCAAAGCUCCCAUCACGCUGUGGGCUAUUCUAGCAUUUAUAAAAUACUGAAAUUAAAACCCAACUAUAGCCUCAGGUUUUCUUAACAUUUUGUCUUUCGAUUCAUCCGCUUAUGUUGAAUAAUAAAAAAGUUAGGUGCUUUAACAACUUGCCAUGUUCGUCAUCAGUAGAGGGUGUUUCUAAAUAAGUGCGACAAACUUUAAGGGGUAAUUUUACAUGAUAAAAUAAUGACAAUUUUCUUUAUAAUCAUAUGUCCGCAAACGCUUCGUUUCCGAGAUACGGGAUGUUCAAUUUUUUUUUACAAACUGACGAUUUAUUUAUCGCUUUAAAACCAGUUGAGAUAUGCAGAUGAAAUUCGGUGGGUUUUAAAACGUAGUUAUUGCACAUAUUUUGACAUACAAUUAAGAAUUUUAUAUUCACCAUUGGCGUGCGUACGGGUAAUACUAUCGGUCAUAAUACCCGUUUGCGCGCCACUGGUGAAUAUUAAAUUCUUAAUUGUAUGUCAAAAAAUGACGCAAAUUGUCAUUAUUUUCUCAAUUAAAAUAACCCGUUAAAGUUUUGCGCAAAUAUUUUAGAAACAUCCUGUACUGAUGACGAAUAUGGCCAGUUGUUAAAGUACCUAACUUUUUUAUUAUCCAACAUAAGCAAAUGAAUCGAAAGAUAAAAUGUUAAGAAAACCUGAGGCUAUAGUUGGGUUUUGAUUUCAGUAUUUUAUAAAUGCCAGAAUAAUCCACAGGGUGAUGCGAACUUUGAGAAAAAACACAGUUUGAUUCGUACACCCGGUAUAGAAUGAUAGUUUGACUAUUUAGCAACAAUAUUAUUACAGGGAUAUUGUCAAUAAAUAAGGCUAUAACAUGGUAAAAAAUCACUUAAAUCUGACAACAGGUUUAGAAAAUUCAAAACAUCAAAAAUGACCAAAUUUUUAGUGGAUCGAUUUUCUUGCACCGCAGUGUAGUUUUUAAUUUCAAACACCUUUUCUUAUUAACAAUUUUCGAUAUUGUGAAAUAUAAAAAGGUACUUUAUGUUUCAAUCAUUAACGUCUCAUAAACUUCUUUUUGAUUAUUCACAAAAUUUAUUUAGUCCUUUAUAAAAUCCUUUAUAAAAUUUAAAUAUUUAAAAAAAUUAUAUAUUUAUUAAAAGUCCCUUAAAGGGCUACAACACAAUCACGGAACGUUUCCGAUCUAAAAAGAUCAUCAUCAGUGUUGAAAUUUAGAUCUUUCAAAUCGAAAACGUGGUGGGAUUGUGAUGAAGCGCUUUAAGGGACUUUUAAUAAAUAUAUACCUGUUUUAAAAUAUUUUACUAAAUCAUUUUUUGUGAUUAAUGACAUGCAGCCAGCUACAAAUUCGUUUCCUUCUUUAUUUACAAAAUUCUUUUAUUUUUACUUAAUUAUGAUGGGACCCAUUUUUGACUUGACUGGCUGAAAAAUUUGACUGUGCAUUGACUCAAUAUUUUACGAUCAAUUUAAGUUUCAUUAAAUUUAACAGUCAAUCAGUAAAGUAUAAAAGUAAUAGUACUAACAGAACUAAACAUUUGACAACAUUAACAUAAAGAGAUAAUUUUUAAGUCUUUUUUAUGUAUAGUAGGUUCUUAAGAUUACGUUCAAUAAAUAUUAUUAUCUAUCGAUUUUGAUUCCUGUAUUGUAUUAUUUUUGAUACUAUUUUUAAAUGUUUCAUUAUAAAAUAGGGUAAUUUUUACUGUUUUUGAGUCUUUUACCAUAACAAGCAAGUAGCAUAAAUCAUUAUUAUUAAGCUAUGAAUUUUAUGUCUAUAUUUUACUGUUAUAAAUAUCAUCUUAAAAAAAGAUUCAUGUCAAUUUAAGUUUAGCAAGAUGGAAAUAAAGCUUAGUUAAACAUUAACGUUGUUGCCUAAGUAUAUAUUUUUAUUUCAUUUAUUCAAAUUUUUUUCAUAUUUAUAGUAUUACAAUGCACUAUUACAAAGGAGCAAAAUCAACAAUAUAAUUUGUCCAUAGCUUCAUUUAAUUUAGUUCGUGGCACACUAUCAUAUGCUGAUUAAUUAUAGGCACUGAAACCAGCUUUUUAUACUGUUCCACCCAUCCAUCUAAUACAUCCUCUUUUAUAUUGAGUAUAUCUUUCUCCUUAGUUUUACAUAUUCUCGGCCCUGGUUUAAACUAUUUUCUUGUAUUAUACGGUAAUUUUUAGAAUGUUCUGGUUUGGUUUUCCCUUUUUAAUGUUUCAAGUAUUCCAAUAUUCCACUUUCAAAAGUAGUCAUUGCGUGGUAUUGGUGUUUCAAGUCCUGGAAUAUUAUUUACUGCGUUUUUAAUAUUGUUCUUGGACAUUUACCACUAUUCACUAGUUGAUAGAUCCUCAUUAAUUAUGUCUUUAUUUCAAUAUAGUUUUGAAAGCUUUCUAGUGUUUGCAGCUUUUUAAGGAGUUUAAUAUUGUGAAGAAUAUACUUCAAGCUCCACUUUGAUCCAUCGACAAACAGUCGCAAUUAUUUUGCAUUAUAAGCUGAAAUUCUCAACUCUUUCAUUAAACCACGUACAUAAUACACAAAUCAAUGAACACUUCGAAAUUAUUGUAGAAAAGCACUUUUUACAUAAUUUAGAUCUCUUUCCAAGCAAGUUUCCCUCACGCUUUCUUGGUGCUGAGAUAUUUGAAGCUUUUUGUAUUGCCCAAAACCAUAAUAAACCAUUCAACUCUUGCUGAUCAAAUCCCAUUUAUCAGAGAAGGUUAGUGACAGCCAAUAGAACAAUAGUGUUUCGUAUGAUUCAUGCUAGAUUCUCAUCAUCAACAGAUAUUCCAUCCAUCGUCGGAUAUAAGCCUCCCUUAAGUGUUAGUGAUGUUGAUUAUAGUUACUUUCGAGUAUUCGUUACAAAUCGUUACUUUUGUAUAAAGUAAUCAUUUACAGUAUUCGUUACUUUGAUUACCAUGAUUACUUUUGUAUUUGAGUACCGGUAAUCAUAAUAUGAGGUAAUCAUGAUAUUAUCGAAAAUCGUAUUUAUCAGUAGGUAGGUAUUUUGUAUAGGUAUUCCGAUAUAACAAGUAAUCAUUUACAGUAUUCGUUACUUUGAUUACUAUGAUUACUUUUGUUACUUUUGUAUUUGAGUACCGGUAAUCAUAUCGAAAAUCGUAUUUCUCAGUAGGUAGGUAUUGUGUAUAGGUAUUCCGAUAUAAAAAAUAAUUAUUUACAGUAUUCGUCACUUUGAUUACUAUGAUUACUUUUGUUACUUUUGUAUUUGAGUACCGGUAAUCUUAUCGAAAAUCAUAUUUCUCAGUAGGUAGGUAUUUUGUAUGCCCCCCCCCCUAAAUGCCCUGGUCUAAUUCUAAUAAAAUCAAUGCAAUACAUACAAAAUUAAAGUUGUUGAUCAUACUGUAGAAACAUUAUCAUUUCCACAUUUUUCCGGUCAGUUUAGAAAGUCAUCAAGUGUACUGGUUGUAGAUACAAUAGUUGUUACUCGCUCUGAUACGAUUGGUACGAAGUAACGAAGAAAUCAGAGUAAUCAAUGUAGAUAGUCGUUACUCGUCCUGAUACGAUUGGUACGAAGUAACCAAGUAAUCAGAAUAAUCAAAGUAAUCAAAGUAGAUACAAUAGUCGUUACUCGCUCUGAUACGAUUGGUACAAAGUAAUCAGAGUAAUCAAAGUAUUCAAAGUAAUCAAAGUAGAUACAAUAGUCGUUACUCGCUCUGAUACGAUUGGUACGAAGUAAAGAAGUAAUCAGAGUAAUCAAAGUAGGUAACGAUUUGCCUCUCUGUAUAGUAAUCGUUACUUUCGGUAUUCGUAACGAAUAGUUACUUUGUAACGAAUAGUUACUUUUUCAACAUCACUAUUAAGUGUGUCCAUACUGUCCAUUCACUUCUAUUUGUCGUUUUUGCAUUCAUUCAUGGCCAGCCAUGCGCUUGAUAUUACCAGUCCAUCUUGUCUGAGGUCUGGAUCUACUUCUUUUACUUGCCCUUGGUCGUCAUUCAACAAUUCGCUCCGUCCAACGGUUGUCAUCCAUUCUUCCUAUGUAUCCUGUCCAGUUCCAUUUUAACGUGGCCAUCUUCUGGAUCACAUCUGUUACCUUUGGUGUUAUUCUUAUCUCCUCAUUGGAUAUGCGAUCAUGUUGAGCAUUCUCCGUUCCGUAGUUAUAUUGUAGGGAAGAUAAAACUUGACGCGGUAGAGAAAAACUAAUUACAGUAUUGAAACCAGCAUACCGGAAUACCUAUAGGUCUGGAUCCAUCGUAUGAAAAAAAGUUGGUUAAUAGCAAGCUGAAAAUUUGUUAAUAGCUUAAGGGUGUCUUGUGGGACAAACUUUGAUGUAUGGGAACACUGCAACAGGGGAAGUUUUAAUUGUGGGACAAGUUAAAAAUUUGAAACGUCAGACUACAAAAACGUCCCAUGUAUUUUGUCGGACAGAACUUCCAAUUGAUUUGUUACCCUUUCAUUAAACUGUCAUGCGAAAAAUCAGAAUGGUAUUUAUCACCAAAUGGGCAUUUUAAUGAGAGGAACACGUAGAAUAUGUCAAAUGACAAGAAUUAUGACAAGUGAUAAAUACCAGUCUGAUUUUUGAAUGGGAGUUUAAUGAAAGGGUAACAAAUCAAUUGGAAGUUCUGUCGGACAAAAUACAUGUGACGUUUUCGUGGCCUGACGUUCCAAAUUUUUAACCUGUUCCACAAUUAAAACUUCCCCUGUUCCAGUGUUCCUAUAUAUCAAAGUUUGUCCGACUAGACACCCUUAAGCUAUUAACAAAUUUUCAGCUUGCUAUUAAUCAUUUUUUUUCAUACGCGGGAUCCAGACCUACUAUAAAAUAGCUAAACAAUAAAACUGAACAGAUUUUUUAAAAAUUAUUCCCUAGUAUUUUAUAUUUAUGGUACCACUGUUAAUUUACAGCCAAAGUCUUGUAGACUAUUGUUGUAUUUUUUUUUUAUUCUUGGUAUAUGAAAUAACAGAAUUAUGUAAAUGUAGGGUAACUAAGCUAUAUCUCCAAACAAGAAUUGGUAUAAUUAAAUGAUAGCGUAUAAUAUAAUAUAUUAUGUAAUAUAAAAAUACGUACCUAACUUAAAGAGUUUUAACUUAUAUAUCUUUAUUCAAUACAACAUUCAUUAUUCUAACAAUUGUACAAACUAUAGUUACUAUAGGUAAGUUUUGAAUAAUAUGACUGAGUUAAUCAAAUAUUGUUACCAGAAAAUAUACCAUUAAAGAUUAGUAAUUUUGUUUUUUUUUUCAAUCAUAUUGUUUAUGUUGGCUCUUACAAUCUAGUUUUCUUAUAGAUUUAUAUAACUAGAAUAAACCUUUGUUAAAGAUUUUGUAAAAAUGUUAAUACUUUAAGUACCUAAUUUUGAUAAUAUAUUUUUCUAAAAUA